GUCUGUGCGUGUGAGUGAUUGAGUGUGUCUGUGCGUGUGAGUGUCUGUGCGUGUGAGUGUGCGCUGUGUAAUCAUGAAUGAGCGGACGGUGACGGCGCCUGUGAGCAGCAGCGCGCGUGCUUAGCUGUGGGCGUUGAACAGGGACGGCCGGUCCACCUUGCAUCAACUUCAACUCAUCGUCAGCGUCACCAUCCUCAACGGCACGACGAGGGCUAUCGGCGUCAUGCCGCUCCGUGCCGCGCGUUGACCUCGCCCGGAGAGGAAGAGAGAUGUCUCAAGCGGCCCUGGACGUCAUCGGCGCCUGGGGAGGCGAUGUAGCCGUCUCGGUGGCCCACGAGUGGGACGAGGUGGCCCUGCCCGAGCCCGUGUACCGCAGGAGGAGCAAGAGCCUGCUCGUGACGGACAAGAGGCGACGAGGCGUCGAGCUGGGGCGAUUCGUGCGUCGUAGCGUGAACCUCUGCGACUCGAGCGUGAGCGAGAAGGCGAGCGUCUCGGAUGGAGAGUGCCCGGGUCCUGUCAACGGCCUCGAGCUGAGCGGAUCUAAGGGGAGUGGCGGUGACUGCGGACACGUUGGUGGUGAUGGAGGUGAUGGACGAGGAGGAGGAGGAGGUGGUGGUGGUGUCCCGUUCGCAAGGCUGAGAGGCAGCAACACCAGGAUCAAGCGAUGCACUCGCAGCGCCGACGAUGAUGAGGACGACGAUGAUGAUGCCGAUGACGAUGAUGAUGACGAGGACGACGAGGACGAUGAUAAAUAUACACUCGAGGAGGACGACGAUGAGAAGAUGAAGGUGGCGCAUUCGGUCGUGGCCGUGCGUCGCAGGAACUCGGCUGCCGUGACCUUCAAGAGUAGCGACGACGUGAAGUUGAUCGUGAACGAGUACGCGGGCCCCGAAAGUCAGGAGAGCUCGGAGAGCGGAGACGAUGCCGAGUCCCUCUCGGUCAAGGUGGAACCCCUCGACUCAGCAGACGGCACAGAGAGGACCCAGCAGCAGCAGCAGCUGGACGUGCCGGAAGACCAACAGUCGCACCUUGAGCAGCAGCAGCGUGAGCAGCAGCAGCAACAACAGCAGCAGCAACAUCCGCAGAAGCAGGAGCAGCGGAAUCCGCAAAACGACUCGGACGAUGAAGAAACGGACGACGAUAGGGGCAUGAAGGCGGUGGACACCUCGCCUCGAGGGCGAUUUCUCAAGUUCAGCAUUGAGCUGGGCCGCGGCUCCUUCAAGACGGUCUACAAGGGUCUGGACACGGACACGUGGGUGGAUGUGGCGUGGUGCGAGCUGCAGGACCGCAAGCUGUCGCGCAGCGAGCGGCAGAGGUUCCGCGAGGAAGCUGAGAUGCUCAAGGGGCUGCAGCACCCGAACAUCGUGCGCUUCUACGACUCGUGGGAGACGAACGCCAAUGUCAAGGGGAAGAAGUGCAUCGUGCUCAUCACCGAGAUGAUGACGUCCGGCACGCUCAAGACCUACCUGAAGCGCUUCAAGGUGAUGAAGAUCAAGCUGAUGCGCAGCUGGUGCCGCCAGAUCCUCAAGGGGCUGCACUUCCUGCACACGCGCGACCCGCCCAUCAUCCACCGCGACCUCAAGUGCGACAACGUGUUCAUCACGGGGCCAACGGGCUCCGUCAAGAUCGGUGACCUGGGCCUCGCCACACUCAAGAGGGCCUCCUUCGCCAAGAGCGUCAUCGGCACGCCGGAGUUCAUGGCCCCGGAGAUGUACGAGGAGCACUACGACGAGUCGGUGGACGUGUACGCGUUCGGCAUGUGCAUGCUGGAGAUGGCCACGUCCGAGUACCCCUACUCCGAGUGCCACAACGCUGCACAGAUCUACCGACGCGUCACCAACGGGGUGAAGCCUGCGAGCUUCGACAAGGUGGCCUUCCCGGAGGUGAAGGAGAUCAUCGAAGGAUGCAUCCGCAAGACCAGCGACGAGCGCUUCUCCAUCAAGGACCUUCUGGCGCACGCAUUCUUCGCGGAGGACACGGGCGUGCGCGUGGAGCUGGCGGAGGAGGACGACGGCGAGCGGAGGACCAUCAAGCUGUGGCUGCGCGUGGAGGACUCGCGCAAGCUGCGGGGCCGUUACCGCGACAACGAGGCCGUCGAGUUCAGCUUCGACCUCGACUUUGACAUCCCGGAGCAGGUGGCCCAGGAGAUGGUCGAGUCGAGCAUCAUCCACGAGAGCGACCUGAAGACGGUCGCCAAGGCCAUCAGGGACCGCGUGACCCUCCUCCGGGGCAAGCGCGACGAGCUGGAGAAGGCGCGCCGGGAAAAGGCGCGGCGCGAGGCCGAGGAGGAGGAGCAGCAGCAGAGGGAGGCCGAUGCCCAAGCCCGCGAGGCCUGGCUCGCCGGCCGGGCCUCCGCCCUGUCCUCGCCACCGGCCGCCAGGACGCAGAUGGGAGAUUUCGCGCUCGGCCCGUCGGCCGAGGUGGACGAACAGGACGCCGAUCGUUACCGGGACGCGGCGCUGACGCCGUCGUACGGCCGCGCCGACAGCGGCCGUGGCUCCUCGUGCCACACGGACACGCAGGGCAGCCAGCAGGGCCUGGCGCGCGCCCCCAUUCCCGACGCGUUCGCGUCCACGCCGUCGUCCGCGCCCCCCACGCCGUCGUCCGCGCCCCCUACCACGCCGCCGGGGCCCCAGGCAUCGUCGGGGCCGCAGGCGUCGCCGCCCCUCUCCUCGCUACCGUUCCUCCGGCAGCAAAUGACCAGACACCUGCCGGUCGCCGCACAUUACGCGGGCGACGGCGCCGCUCUCUCGUUCAGCUCCAUUCCCGAACGGCCGAGCGCCGGGCCGCCCCGCUCUCCAUUCCAUCUGAACUCCCCCACCAGCCCUCCCCCCGGCUUUUUCUACCACCGCCACGCCGGCGCGGGCGGCUCUCUCACCGAGGCCCUGCCGCGCCACGUCCACCACUGGGCCGGGCCGAGCAACCUCGCCCGGUUCUCGUACCCGCCGCCGCGGUCGGGGCAGGGCGAGUCAUCGGCCGACGGUUUAUCCUUCGCGCCGGCUCUAAGCCGAGCGGGCUCCGGCGGGCAAAUGGAACGCAGCUCCAGCGGGGAAUCCCACCUGGCCGUCGCCGAGUGCCGCACGUCGAGCGAAGAUUCACACUCCGCGGAAAUGUACGCCGGCGCUUCUCCCGGGGAGUCCGCCGCCGGUCAGGUGCUCCUGCCGUUUCGGCACGGCGUGGCACCGCACGCCCACGUGAUGUCGCAUCACCACCAGCAGCAGCAGCAGCAGCAACCGUCACGGCCCGCAACGCCUCCACCGCCCCUUGGCUGGUACGGCGGCUACAGCCCGCAGGCCGUGUCACCGCAGCCGCCUCUCCUCGCCUUCCCCGGCUCUCCCCAGCGGCCAACUGGACCCGGUGGCGUCCAGCAGCAGCCGCCGCCGCCGCCGCCGGACUUCCGCCCCUCGCCGGAACAGUUUUACAGCCACCAAUGCAGCCAGCAGCUCCUGCAGUUGAGGCAGCAGGACGGCGGGCACAGUGCCCCGUGCCCGUCUCCCGACUGGCAGCGGCCGGACUACGGCUUCCGAUCCGACCUGGCGGGCGCCCCGCAGCAGGAGGCUUUCUACGGACAGCACGGAGCCGCGGUGAUGCCCUCCGUGAUGCCGACAGCGUCUUUUGACUUUUGCUUCCCCGCCCUCACACCGGGCUUUGACGCGCGGCCGCCGGCGCGGCCAGGGCCCCCAGUGGGCCGCGCGCCUCCCACCGUGCCCCAGUCGGCACCCCCCCUUCAAGGCGGCGGCAGUGGCGGCGCUCAGUCGGCCUUCCCCUUCUUCUCCUCGACUCCGUCACGCAAGUCCAGCGACGUCGGCUCGCUCUGCUCGUUGGAAAAUGCGACGUGCAGCUCGCUCGAGGGCUGGCCGUCGCCCGUCGUCGCGCCCCUCGGGCAGGAAUACGAAGUCGCGCUUGGCUUCGCCGAUGCCAGACCUCCUCUCCGUCUGCAGCAGCAGCUGCUGACUUCGCCAGCAUUCCCCUCCGCGGUCCUCCAGUCGGAACAGUCUUUGCCGAGCCCAUCGCAGGAGGAGCUUCCGGCCGUCUUUGACACGACCCCUCCGCAGGCCGUGCAGCAGCAGCCUUGCGGCCCGGUGGAUGCCUCGGAAACCUUGGCGACGGAGCGGAGCGCAGGGGCCCAGGAGCUCACGUCCCCUCCGCCCGCCGGCGCGCUGGCCGAUGGCCUCACGUCGCCACCAAGUUGGUCGCCGGCAAUGCAGGAGACCCGGGUGCGGAGCUUCAGCGAAACGAUCCCCGUUCUCCAGCACAUGCAGCUCUUCCCCUCGUUCGACAGCACGCACUCAGACGCGGCAUCGGGCGUGGAGAUGAGCGACGGCUACGAGUGGCCCCCGGGCGGCGACGAGGACAGGAGGGCGACCCGCAGGCCACGCCGGCGCCCCACGCGAACCCGCUCACGCCACGACAAGACGCCGCGGCCCAAGCUCCAGAUCCUCUCCGUGUCCAACAGCGGCGACAAGGAGGUGGAGUGCCAAAUGGAGACGCACAACCACAAGAAGGUGACCUUCAAGUUUGACCUGGACGGAGACGUGCCCGAGGACAUCGCCCACCACAUGGUGGAAAACGACUUCAUCCUGAAGAACGAGCUCGAGGCUUUCGUGGAGCAGAUCCGGGACAUCAUCGAGCGCGCCGCCGUGAUGCUCGGAGACUCGGGGAUCGGCCAGGGAUCCGCCGCUAGCUCCGCAGCGAGGGGCGGAGCGGAGGUGGGCGGGUGCAAGGAUUCCGAACAGGACAGAGCUCCAGCGCCAGGUGCCAAUGCGGACACGAUGGUGGUGCACGCCGGGGGCCGCCGCUUCUUCGUGAGCCCCGUGGUGGAACCGGCGGCGACGACGCCAACGGCCGAGGAGCGGACGGACGCUCCGGCGUCCGGAACGGCCGCCCGGCCCGGAGGAGCGUGGGAGCAGCAGGGCGCAUCGACGCCCCCACGUCGCGCCCUCGCCACGGACCCGUCCCCUCUCGCGGCCGCGGCGCCGACGGCGGCCGAGGCGACGUCGCCGCCCGCGGCCCCGUCGUCAGCGGGCCCGGCCCCGGCCACGGCUUCCGCCAGCACCGCCACGACGCCCGGCGGCGGCGGCGGCGGCGGCGCCUUCUCUCCCGCGUCGGGCGACGCCGACGGGGAGGGCCCGGCGCGAGGGGCCGGGAGCCUCGCCAACGACGACAUCCGCUCGCUGGACGAGAAGCUGCGCUGCCUCUUCCAGGAGCAGCACGUGUGCGGCGGCGAGCACUCGGACGGCGCCGCCUCUCCCGGCCACGUGGCGUCGCCCGCCCGGGCCUCGUCCGUCGUCUCCCCGUCGUCCCCGGCGCCCGGCCCCGCGGGGCCGCCCGGCGGCGUGGGCUCGCCGGCGAGCCCACGCCGCCGGGCGGAGGGAGUGGUCGCGCCGCUGGCGCUGGCGGUCCUCGGCAGCCCCAAGCAGCGCCGGCCGGGGGUGUCGCGCAUGCCGAGUCAAGACUCGGAGCGAGGGAGUGACCGGUGCAACACUCCACCCGCGUCGCUCCCAUUGAGCAUUGUGGCGCAGCCGUCACCCGGCAAGGACCCCGGCGAGACGAAGGAGCAGGGCUUCAAGAAAGGGAGAUUCCAGGUCUGCCUAACGUCUGCGAAGGAUUUAAUCAGGGCCCGUUCGGACAGCGUCGGAGAGUCGUCUCCCGCGAGCCCCGUUGGCGUCGACACGGGCGACAAACGCAGCUUCGCCGCCGCCGCCGCCGCCGCCGCCACCUCCGCUCAAUCCGCCGCAAUGCAUUCUGGGAGCUCGGAUAUACGGGCUGAGGCGGUGCCGGGGUCGCCGGCGAAGCACUCGGUGAUCGGGCGCUUCCAGGUCACGACGUCGGUGAGCGAGGCCACCGCGACGCUCGGCCGAUUCCUCGUCACCAAGGCGACCGACCGGGGCUCGCUCGCCUCCUCCGGCAGGGCGGCCCACGAAGCUUCGCCGGCGCAGGCCACGUCCCGAGACUCGGGGGUCGAGAGUUGGCCUCCCGCCACACCGGCCCCGGCGCUCGCGUCCUCUGGCCGCGCCUCCACGCAAGGCGAAACCGACGGCGGCGGCAGCGGCAGAGCGGCGCUCGAAGCGCACGCCGUCCCCCAGACCGAGCGGACGCCGGCGCCGGCGGCGGCCGCGCCGGCGCGGGCGCCGCCGGCGGAGGCCGCGUCGUCGCAGGUCUCCUCCGGAGUGGAAGAGGCGGACGUCGGGCGGGCGGCGAAGCCGACGGCGGCGAGCGGAGGCGUGCGCGCGUGGGCGAGCGCGGACGCCGAGUUGCCGGCGGAGGCGCCGUCCCCCUGGGCCGUGUGCCUGCGGUCGGCGCUGCCCGUGUGCCCAGUCGUCGGCGUCGGCGGCGGAGCGGCGUCGUCGCACGUCGCCGUCGCCGCCGCCGCGUACGGGAGCAGCGAUAACGACUCGGAGGAGGCGGAGGACGACGAGCUCAAGAUGGAGCUGAGCAGGCUGCGCGAAAAACACCUGAAGGAGCUGGCGGAGCUGCAGGCCGCGCAGCGCCGCGAGAUGGAGGAACUCUACCGCCGGCUGAACCGAGCGCCGCCGCAGCUGCUGCUGCAGCUCCACCCGCCGGCUGGGCGGCGCCGCAGGACCAGCAAGGGCCGCAUAGCCCGUGCCUCCCGUGCGAGCGCCGCACACGCCCUGCCCGACGGCACGCGACCCUCCGGUGGUCAUGGCCAGGCGGGGCCGCCACUGGGUCAGCCCGGCGGUGGCGGCAGCAGCGCCAUCACCGCCGCGAGCUCGGAGCCGCCCCGGCGAGCCGUGCGGCACUCCGUGUCGGUGGACACCCUCCACUUGGGGGGCUCCUCUGGCGAGGGGCUGCCCCGCCAGCCCAUAGCAGGCUGGACCGUGUUCCAUCGCGUUGGCGAUCACGUCACGUACAAAACCAGCGGGCGCCCUCACCCGCGGUUCCUCAGCGGACCCAUCUCGCUCACCCUGUGGACCGGCAUGGGAGGAGCGACGCACAUCGCUCAGGUCGUCGGCUGCCUGCAGCCACGCUUCCCGGAUUCACCUUUGGCGACGACGCCCGCCGCUGCGAGGAACUUAACCGAACGUCCGCAGCAGCAGCAGCCUUCCGCCAAUGCCGCGCCUGCCGAGCCCGCCUCUCAACCGAGCGGCGCCGGGCUCGCUCAGCAGGCCGAAUCCAGAGCCUCUGCUCACGUGCUGAGCAGAGCCAGCCAGCCCGUAACGCAGCAGAGCACCUCCGUUCGUAACUCGGCAGGCCAGCGUGCCGUCGAGCUGGGCCAGAGCGUGCAGCAUCAGCAGCAGCAACAGCAGCAGCUUCAACAGCUUCAGCAGCAGCAGCAGCUUCAGCAGCAGCAGCAGCAGCUUCAGCAGCAGCAACAUCAGCAGCAGCAGCAGCAACAACAACAACAUCAGCAGCAGCAGCAACAACAUCAGCAGCAGCAGCAGCAACAACAUCAGCAGCAACAACAUCAGCAACAGCAGCAGCUUCAGCAGCAGCAGCAGCAAGGCAUGGUACUAACGAAUCAGCCGGCUCCACAAUCCUACGCCACUACAUCCACCAACAAUAACAACAACAACAACACGGAUCCUGCCACCAGCAGAACCGUCUCGGCCCAGAUGCCGCAGCAGCCGGGCAACGCGGGACAGUACCCACAGAGCUUCCGGCCGCCUCCGGCCUCCGCGCAGGUGAGUCCGCCGGUGCGACCCACGCAGCUUAGCCUGAGCACUGCGCCCAGCCCGGCCGUCUUCAUCCCCAACUGGUCGAGCGACCCGACCAUCCACCGGCCCCUCGCAGGGCAAAUGACCCCCCCACAGGUGUGCCAGCCCGCCGCGCAGGCGCCCGUGUCGCGGCAGCACAGCCUGCCUGCCGUAGGCCUCGGGGGCAAUAGCGGCUCGCUGACGAUGCCCAACGUCGCCAAGAAGACGACCUUCACGGACGACUUUCACCGUCUGCUUGACAACUGGGCGCGCGACGCAGCCGGGGUGUCCGGGAUGCCGGGCGGUGGUAGCGGCGGCAGCGGCGGCGGGGCGAGUUUUGCCGGGGCCAGGCAGGUUUGGCAGAGGACUGAGCAGCCGGGAGGAGCUGCCGCUGGUGGUGUUGCUGGGGCGAGAGCAAGCCGGCUCGUCAGCGCUCCCAGCGUGCAGCAGAGGCAGCCGAUGCAUCAGCAGCCGGACACGCCCCAGAUGACGCGCAAGCUAUCCGUGCCGACCCAGAUGGGCGCCCCUGGCGCCACCCAGCCCGGCAGGCCUCUCACUCCACUGCAGGCUCCCAUGUCCCCGGCCUACCCCAUGCCGUACGGGGCAACCGCGCAACCGCACGCGGCUUACCACAGCACGUGGCACGGCCUGCCACCCUCCAUGGGGCUCCCACACUUCCAGCAGCCAACGGCAACGAUGGGCUAUGGCAUUCCCACGGCACCAGGCCUGCAGACGGCCAUGACGCACGUGGCCACACAGCACAAGCCGGGCCUGGGAAGGGCUUCGCCUGGAUUCUGAGGUCCUCCUUCCUUCCUGCGUGCGCACACGCGUGCGUGCGUGCGCGCGUGCGUGCGCGGCGCCGCGUAGGUUCAUAGUUUCAGCACGUGGCGGCGAAGGCAGGCGGUCGAGCAAAAGUUUCUAUUAUUUUCCUUGUGCACUUUAAACGUGGGCUGUGCAGUAAUAGCGGGGCGGGGUGGGAGGGGGGCCCAAGUUUGUGGGAGGCUGGAACGCCGAUGACCGCGUAACGACGACCGCUCAACCGCGUCGUUCGAGCACCUUCCCGCGAAUGCCGAGAUUCCAAUUGAAGCGAACGCCUCAACUCAGAAUUAAACAUGCCCCCCCACCCUACCUUGCUUGAGUAAGUAGCCGAGACGAUGUGGCUUCAUUCACACGUCGGUUAAAAAAUAAAUAGCGGUUUACAUAAUCCUUCUUGGGGGGGGGGGGGUUAGGGGGAGCGAGCAGUUCACGAAUGUUUAUAUUCCCCCCCCCCAUCAAAAAUUGGCUGAGAAGUAGAUUUUUUGGCCACACACGAAAUAUGCCCCUUCAAGUGCGCUACCAUCAAUAAAAACAUACAUAUAGGCCAUCUCCAACUUAUAUGUAACGCAAGCCCAAGACUGUGUGUGAUUAAUGGGGGUUGGUUUUUUUGGGGAGAUGCAUAUCAAUGCAGAAACACAUCAAGUAAACACCGGGAACAAAGGCUGUGAAUUUGGAUAUUCUAUUGCAAAAAUAAACACAGACACACACAAAAGUAUACGUGAUUAUAUAUAUGGUAAUGGGUACUAAAAUCCUUAGCGAGAAAAUGCAAUGAGAUUGUGGUAUUAAAACACGGCCAGGAUGGAAUGCGUGGGGUUGUUUGUUUGUAAGCUGUUUAUACCAAACUGUGAAAGGCUGCUUGGAGCCGCAGUGCCCUGGAUCGGUCUCGGUGGACAAUCCCAGAAUGCAGUGAUUGGAUGGCAUUUGUGCCUACCAACCAGGCACCCACCACCGCUCUACCCCCUCAAAUGGCUGAAUAUAUUCCAAAAGGCCUGUCAUUAAAAGACGAUGACAUUUACAACUACACCUGCCUGGGCAAGACUGCGAGCCCGUCACCUGCGCUCUAAAUUUGCACGACAAUGAGAUUUAAAUAAAGAAGAUAUAUAUGUGUGUGUAGAGGAGAGAGGAUGCUGCUACUGUUUUUAAAA